AUGCGAAAGCCCUCGACAGCGCAUCGCUCGCGCCGAGCCCCGCCCCUGAAAGACAGUGACUAUGAUCACGAGAUCAACCUUGUCGACCAUGCAGCUGAGGCCGUGACGCCGCAGGCCCUGUCCCCAGAGCCGGGACAGCAGCCAGCAUCUGAUACACCCCCACAGCCACAGCCAGAGCCAGCGGCAGAGCAGGAGCCAGAGCCAGAAGGAAACUCUGGCGAGGGUCCGUCCUCAUCGCAGAGAGCCUCGGCACGGAAUCGCUCGAUACGACGCGGCACGAGUAGCGCCUCUGGGACAUCCAGGCGUUCCAAGGAAGUCUCCAAGAAGGCAGAUUCGCAGGAAAGCUUGGCUGGUGAUGCAGCCGUUCCUCAGGUCGAAGUUACAGAACCUACACCACUAGACGGGCCACGUCUUCCACAACCAGAUGCAAACGGCACCCAACGCCGCAAACCCACCCCUGAGACCGCCAUCGACAUACUAUACGAGAAUGAAAGAGGGGGCAUGUUCUGUGGGAUUCCCCUAUUCUCUCCCAAGGCCCUCGGCCAGCUGGAUCCGCCCAACUGGACCAACUUCGCCCACAAGCCCAGCCCGACCAGCAUUCACACAGCCCAGGUCCCGGACCCAAGCUGGGUGUGGUCAUGGCCAGAAUGGCACAUCAACAAGGACGAAGGCGUCGACGAGAACGGCUGGGAGUACAGCUUCAUGUUUGCCAAGAUGUUUUCCUGGCACCUGCCUAGGUGGUACAACUCAUGCGUACGCCGGCGGGCUUGGACGCGCCAGAGGAUAAAGAGGGACCCGGAGUCGAACGACCCUCACAUGCUGAAUACCGAGUAUUUUACCGUCAGGCGGAGCGUGGAGACGGACCGCAGCGGUGGCAAGGCCAGCAGCCGUCACAGCCGCCAGAGCACAAGCAUCUCGUCGUGGGUGUCGGCCGAGGCUGGGGAAAAGCCCGACAUCGAGGACAUUGACACCCUGAUGGCCAUACUCACCCGGUCACGGAUCGACCGCGAGAAGAUCGAGGCGGUGGAGAACUUUCUGCAGCACGGAGAGGAUGAGCUUCUCCAUCUUCAGCACAGGAUGCACGACAUUAUGGCAAUUUUUGUUUUUCAGGCCUCGAGGAGAGUGCUGCUGUCCAAGCUGAACGACGUCUUUGAGGAGACGCAGCAGGCACUGAAGGAGAACGACACAGGGAAGCUGCAGCGGAGAAGUAACAAUUUGAAGGGCGCGAUACGGCAUGCGGACGAGGAGUGCAGGCGGCUGGAGUACUGGAGCGACGUCAAGAAGCUUGUCAGAGAGGGGAAAACGACGACGGCGACAGACAAGUGUGAAGGAUGGACCGAGGACUGGCGCGGCGUGGACCAGAGUGGGCCUUGUGAGCCGCGGGGAACCACAUGA